AGCUCAAGUGAGUUGAGGAAUAUUGUGGUUGGCUCCAGAAGGCAGGCAUAUAACAGGAGUUCGUGAUUGCUCCGUGGAAAACGUGAGCAGAAAGAGGAAUAUGAACUGAAAGAGCCGCAGUAUAACCUCGUGAAGAAGGAAUAAGCUGGGAUUUUUUUUCACUCAGGAUAUCGUUCUUUCAGACAAUCGUCUGUUUUCGCAGUCAAGAAUAACUUCAGAAGACCACCACCAUGAUGACUGCAUGUGAAAAACUUAAGAAGAAACCACCCAAAGACAGUUUGACACUGCUACCCUGCUUCUAUUUUGUAGAGCUACCCAUUGUGGCAUCCUCCAUGGUUUCACUGUACUUCCUGGAACUGACGGAUGUGCUCCAGCCAGCGCUGGUGGGAUUCCGCUGCCAUGACCGUUCACUCAGCAUGCCCUACGUGGACAGCGGCGAUGAGCUCAUCCCUCUACUCAUGCUCCUGAGUCUGGCAUUUGCUGGCCCUGCUGCCUCUAUCAUGAUGGGUGAAGGUCUGCUGUAUUGUAUGCAGUCCAAACUGAAGGUCCGUCCAGGGAUUGAGGGAAGCAUCAAUGCUGGUGGAUGUAAUUUUAACUCUUUCCUGCGGAGAACUGUCCGUUUUGUUGGUGUUCAUGUGUUUGGGCUUUGUGCAACAGCACUGGUUACUGAUGUCAUCCAGCUAGCCACUGGCUACCACACACCAUUCUUUCUCACAGUGUGCAAACCCAAUUACACUGUCCCAGGUGUAUCCUGUGACAAGAACCCUUACAUCACCAAAGACAUUUGCUCUGGCCAGGAUCAGCAUGCUAUUCUAUCGGCCAGGAAAACCUUCCCUUCCCAGCAUGCAACCCUCUCUUCUUUUGCUGCUGUUUAUAUUUCAAUGUACUUCAACUCAACAAUCUCAGAUAGCACCAAGCUGCUCAAACCCGUUCUGGUGUUUGCCUUUGCCAUUGCGGCUGCAUUGACGGGACUCACUCAGAUUACCCAGUACCGCAGUCACCCCAUCGAUGUGUAUGUUGGGUUCUGUAUUGGCGCUGGUAUUGCUGCGUACCUGGCUUUCCAUGCUGUUGCCAACUUUAAAUCUCCUGAGGACACUGUCAUCCCUCAACCCCCUCCUCUCCAGAAGGAUGCUUUGAGGGCUCUGGCCCAGCGAGGUCAUGACUCUGUCUAUAACAAGGGCCAUGCCUCUGAGAGCAAUGAGGAAAUCACAUUACCAGCAUCUCUAGAUGGGUUGAACCGUCCUGUACAGCGAGAGAAAACCUCGUUGGGAAGCUUAAAGAGGGCCAGUGUGGACGUGGAGCUACUGGCGCCUCGCAGCCCAAUGGGUAAGGAGACCAUGGUAACCUUCAGUAAUACAUUACCCCGUGCUACAGCUCCAGAGGAGCCAACAAGGCGUCUGGUGACAGUACCUGUACCAAUGGACCCCAUGCGGUCACAGCAAUUAGUAUCUGAAUGGAAGCAAAAGUCAAUGGAGAUGCGAGGUGGCAGCUUGCCCGAUGAGGACACCAGCGAGCAGGGCUCAGACGGUGGUGACGACACGACCACAGAGGAGGACAGCGUCCAUUCUUCAAAUUAUUCGUCUGUUCCACAAACUACCAAACCAGCUAACCCACCUGCAGGUGCAAGAGUAGUGAUGCCCCCUCGUCCCCCUGGGCAGCCAGUUCCCCCGCCUGUAUCCCCUAAAAGUGCCAGCACUCGGGCCAAAUGGCUGUCCAUCACUGAGAAAAGUGGUGCUAAUAUUCCAGUUAUAAAGCCAGGAAAUCAGCCUCGGAUCAUGCAGGUCAUUGCCAUGUCAAAGCAACAGGGACUCCUGUCUGGAUCAGCAAAAUCCUCUGAGACUUCGUCCUCCUCUGGUACCUCGUCCAUCACGGGCACAGAAUCAUCACCCAAUCGCUCGGAACGUGACAGCGGUUCAGGCAUCAUCACCGUUGAUGCCCAUGCCCCCCACCACCCUGUAGUUCGUAUGACCUCAAAUCCAAAUAACCCAUGGGAGUGGAGAGGAUCUUGUGAUGGAAACAUGGCAGAGUCAUACGAGCUCAAAAACCUCAACCGUGAGAGUUCCCGGAGUUACCGUCAUAUCAGGAGCAGCUCUCCUUGUUCUUCUGCCAGUGAGGCUGACCACGGGCCGCCCCAGCUCCCUCAACCUCCCCAGCCACCACUUCCCCCUCAACUCCCACCUGUGGGUCAAAUCUCAGAAGGUCGCAGUCUGCGCCGCAAGACCCCUCUAGUUUUGCUGGACAGGGAGGGCAAUCAGAACCACACUGAACAGGAAAACUACUACAGAAAGCUACAAAGCGGCAGGCAUUUCAAAGAGUGACCAUGUGUUAAAACUUUUUUGUCUUUUGGUUUUAAAUUAUUUACUUGAUUCUAUGAGGAAUAUCUGAAUGACCGGAUUCACUACACUUUGAGUCAGUGGAGCUUUCAGGAGAGCUUUCAGGUGAUGCUGCUUCUGACGACUUAAGAGCACAAUGGUUUUGCCCUCUGAGGGUAAACCAAACUAUAAAAAUUCAUCAUAAAAAUUCCUCUCAGCUUUAUUGUAUUUACAUUAUCUUUAUAUUCUCAAAUUCCUACAAGGCAGAUUCGGGUUUAUUUAUAUUGCUGCUCUUUUUGUUCAUACUUGACUUACAUAAACGUGUGACUGAGAUGUCAAGUUGAAUUUAUGUGUAUAUGUGUUUACGCACGAUUGUUUAGUGUAUGUUGUAAAAAAAAAAAUAUAUAUAUUGCCUUGUAACCCUCAUGGUGAAAACCAAGUUAAAGUGUUUUGUUGGCUCUUUAUGAAUGAUAAUUGCUUUGCAAAAGGGUAAUGUCCUUCAUUCUACAUCUGACUAUAAUUGCUGAUGCGUUCUGGACACUUUGCAAAUCUACUGAAAACAUUCUGUGAAAAAGCAGUGGAAAAUAUGGAAGCACUUUGAAUAAGCACUUAUGAAUUACUUCAUCUCUAUGUGUGUUGACAAUUGAAGUGAAAUGGAAUGUCUGUGAGGUAUUCCAAAGGAAUAUAGGACUGAGCUGGACUCUAUAAGGAAAGUAUUUUUUAAAAUUCAUAAUUUACCUUAUAGCCUAAUGGAGUACACAUUGAUUGCAAGUCCCACAUUGUAUGUGUCAUA